AUGACGUUUACCUGUGUGCAGUCAGUCAGACUGACAGUCGACGCCUCGACGGUGAGAUACCGUUUCUGAUUGUAUUCGUGGGUGUCAAUGUUUUCGACAGAAAUGUUUAAGAAGAAACCAAACAUUCCUCCACGACCAUCUCCCCCAGGAAUAUCUCAGUUAUUAGCAGAUCUAGAUAACUCGGAUAGUGAUGACAUUGUUUUCCAGAGAAAUAAACUUGCUUUAGAAAAUUUGCUGAAUGAAAUUGAAAACAGUGAAGAAGACAGCGGUGCUGGCGAUGAUGAAAAUGACCCAGAAAAAUUGUAUCUGCGGGUGAAAAAUUUUGUGGAAACAAAUAAUAUACUGCACGAAUACGUGAAAACAUUGGAGCAACAAAAUGACAACCUUCAAAUCUGUGACGCUGAAUUGAAACGAAUAGCGGAAGAGAUACGGAAACAGGCGCAACAAGCGCUAAAGUGAACUUGGAAUACCGCAGUUGUAAUAAAAGGAAGACAGCGUCUUUGAUCUGGAAUUAAUAGCCCGUUUUCCUGACGCAUAGUGAAUCUUUGCACUUAUUAUUGCCAUGUAUUUUAGCUGUUCAGUGAGCGGCGAUGUGCCAUUUCUUGUGCACCUAACGUAAAAUUUUAACUGGUGUGACUUUGUUUUAAAUUAUUUGAUUUCUCUUGUGUUUAUGUUGCUGUAUCAUCCUGUUGUUGCGUUACAAUAACUGAGUUGUAUUUGAAAAUAUUCAUGAGAGAUAAAUAUUUGGGUACAGUACCGUAA